AUCACCGGACGGAUUUUCACAAGGUGCGGAACUUCACAGAGCAAAAGCAACCAGCUGGCGCUAUUUACAAUCUUGUAUUAUUAUCAUGAGUAUUGACAUAACUACACUUUUAAUAGCAGCACAUGGAUAAACAAGACCGACACAGCGUUCAUAGAUACGAUGAGAUUGACUCCGAAGCGAUUCCUGACUGUGUUCUGCUGCGGCACGUUCCUCUACAUCCUGCGAUACAUCGUCACUGUGUAUCAUAUGACGUCAUCGGGGACCAGUUCAAGAGGGCAGUCAGUGUCACCAUUCUGCAUUGAAGCCAACAUCUGUAAAAACAAAAGACAAAUAACAGAUAUUUACUACUACAAACGAACGAAUUUUGAUGAACUUGUUGAAAGGCCUGUCAGUCUAAACGCCACAGUGGACCAUGCUGUUCCCGUUGUACCGAGAAUAGUACAUUUCUGUCUUUUCACCAAUGGUAACGUUACGUUUCGUUUCCAUUACAUGAUAGCAGUCCUUGCCGCGUCUCGUAUCGCGAAGCCAGAGAAGAUUUACUUCUGGCAUGACAGCCUCCCGGUUGGUGAAUACUGGGAAGAGACGAGACAGAAGGUGAAGAAUCUGUACCUGGUCCACAGAGACAGGCCCACCAAGAUCAGAGGAAAUGACGUCAGAGUCAUAGAACACGUCGCUGACAUUGUGAGACUCGAAGCACUGCUGGAAUAUGGAGGGAUGUAUUUCGACACAGAUUCUAUAGUCGUCAACCCAAUUGACCCUCUCUUAGUCCAUGACGUCACAAUGGGCCAUGCGGUACCAUGGGUUUUAGCCAAUGGAAUAAUGUUUUCUAAACCAUGGUCGGACUUCUUCCGAAUAUGGCACAAAGAGUAUGCAGUAUUUGAUGAUAGCGUCUGGGCGGAACACUCUGUUAUGAAGCCGUAUAAAUUAUCACAGCAAUACCCAAACUUGAUUCACAUUGAACCAACAUCUCUCUGUCGUCCGAAUUAUUUAGAACUUGACUACCUGUUUGGUCAUUUGAGAUGGGAGUGGGAGAAAAACAACUUCGUGGUGCAUCUGUACAUGAGGUUUGGUCCAAGGGGGAGGAAAGAACGAAACCGUGAGAAUAUAAAGACGUGGAACACAACGGUGGGGAGUAUUAUGAGGUACAUAUACUAUGGGGAUGCUGAGUUAAUUACAGUCUCUGGAAAGACCUGAUGCCUUUUUGCGGAUUUCAUUGAUCUUUGAUGGUCACAACGAUCACUGUUUUGAGAUGUUAUGAGGUACCGUUGAUAUUAGUGAACAUUGCCAUCUGUGUUAUCAUGGAAAGGUUAAUACUGUCUCGAUUGGAUGCAAGAUGGCUGCGUAUUCACUCACUCACACUCACACUCACACUCACACUCACACUCACACCCACACUCACUCAUGUGUCAAGCUCAUUUUAAGGUGUUCCUCAUAGUGAUAUUGUUGGAAUACUGGCACUAAUACAACAGAAAUAUCUGAAAACCCUACCUCUUCAACUUGAUCAUUGUUAAGUAGCUAUUGACCCCUGCUUUGCUAAAAUAUAAACUUGACGUUAUUUUGUAAACUAACAUGGGAUUACGAAAAUAAAGCACAUUGGUCAGUUGAAGUAAGUAAGGGUCAAAAGGUGUUUGGACAUGAAUAUAAAUGGGUUACUACACAUGUUUUAUAUUGACGUACUUACAACUUGAAUAGGAAAACAGCCUCGGUGUGCAGGUAAAAGGCCGCUUCACUCGAUUUGUAUCCCCCCAUUUAUGAAAUUCCAACUGUUUCCAUACUUUGAGGCUCUCCCAAGUGUUUUAAGUCUUUGGGGUUGGCAAUAUAAAUGUGCUUCUAUAUGGCUAUAUAUGGUUAUAUACGGUUAUAUAUGAAACAAUUAAUGUGUGUCAAAAUAUCUAUGAGUAAUUUAUUUUUAACGUCACUAUUGUUGAUAUAUACGCCCAACAGUGGACUUGUUAAUUGUUAAUUCAUCAAGUAAAUGUUCCUAUAUUAUUAGUUGCCUUGUUAUAUCAACCAUUUUUAU